GUAAGAGUGCACAGAUGUUUGAAUAGAAGGUGGUGAGCUGGUCAUCAGAAUUAAUCUAUGGAUCAGACAACAUUAUAGGUUUCCUAUGACUGCUGUCAAUCAGUUGCACCAUCUAAAGACAACUUCUACAGCUUCGUUGAUUUUCUGAAAAACAGGAAAAUCUUGGACUUCACCCUCUCAAAAAACUUUUCUAAUCAACGUUAGACAAAACUUGGGUUGAUAUGGAUUGGAAGACUCUUGAAUCCCUCCUCAGUGGGGUGAAUAAAUACUCCACGGGUUUCGGACGCAUCUGGCUGACACUAGUGUUCAUGUUCCGCGUCAUGGUGUUUGUGGUGGCUGCCGAACGUGUGUGGGUCGAUGAUCAAAAAGAAUUUGACUGCGACACCAAAAGACCUGGUUGCCCUAAUGCCUGCUACAACUACUUCUUCCCCAUUGUACACACAAGGCUGUGGGCCUUACAGCUCAUCUUUGUCACCUGCCCUUCCUUUUUAGUUGUAAUGCAUGUGUGGUACCGUGAAGAUCGUGAGCGCAAAUACCGCCUCGUGCAUGGUGACGGGGCAAAGCUCUACGACAACCCUGGGCAGAAACAUGGAGGUCUGUGGUGGACAUACCUCAUUAGCCUGUUUGUCAAGACAGGUGUAGAGGUGGGAUUCCUCUACCUGUUGCAUAUGAUCUACCACAACUUUGACAUGCCUCGCAGUGUGGUGUGUGAUGUUGAACCCUGCAGACAGGUGACAUGCUACAUAGCGCGGCCUACAGAGAAACGGGUCUUCACAUACUUUAUGGUAGGGGCCUCAGCCAUCUGCAUAAUCCUGAACGUGUCAGAGAUCUUCUACUUGUUCGCCAUGCGCAUUUUACAUCUCACUCACAAAGGAAGCCACGUCACCCGACGCAGAAGGUGCGGAGAGCCAGGAUGUGAUAAGUGUAACAUACCAAUGACCACGAUUGACUAUAAGUUUGCUCAUCCUGAGAAGGUAGAAAAGCAAUCAUAAAACGACAGUCUCAAGCAAAAUAUAACAUUUAAUACAUGUCAUAUAUAAAACAGAAAUAUUGUUUAAAAUGUAAAAAAGUAGUUUAUUCCAUUGCUAUUCUUAUCAUGAAUGUAUGGAUAGAAUUCAUUAUGACUUCUGCUUUUUGUAAUGACAUUCCUAAAAUCUGUGGUCCAGACUGUUCCAUAAUUAUAAGAUAAAAAUGUACUUACUUAUUCUAAUCUAUUCUAUCUAAAGUCUUGGCUGUUAUUUAAUCUUUAAAGCUUUUACAACACUACUACUACUACUAAUAAUAAUAAUACAUUUAUAUAUUUUUA